AUGACCAAUAGCAGUUUCAAAGGAGACAUCAUCCUGGUGGGCUUCUCUGACCAACCCCAAGUGGAAAAGAUACUUUUUGUGGUUAUCUUGGUGUCCUACCUCCUUACACUUGUGGGAAAUACAGUUAUUAUUCUGAUUUCCUUCACAGACCCCAAACUUAAAACACCCAUGUACUUUUUCCUUACUCAUCUCUCACUAGUUGAUAUUUGCUUUAGCACCAGCAUUGUCCCCCAGCUGUUGUGGAAUCUAAGAGGACCAGCCAAGACCAUCACGUUCCCGGGCUGUGCUAUCCAGCUCUAUGUCUCCCUGUCCUUGGGCUCCACUGAGUGUGUUCUCCUGGCUGUGAUGGCUUUUGAUCGUUAUGCUGCUGUUUGCAAACCCCUCCACUACUCAGCUGUGAUGAACCCACGGCUUUGCCAAGCUCUGGCAGGAGUUGCAUGGCUGAGUGGAAUGGGAAAUGCUUUCAUUCAGGGUACUGUCACCCUCUGGCUGCCUCGCUGUGGACAUCACUGGCUGUACCAUUUCUUCUGUGAGGUACCCUCUAUGAUUAAGCUUGCCUGUGUGGACAUCCAUGCCAAUGAGGUCCAGCUCUUUGUGGCUUCACUGGUCUUGCUCCUUCUGCCCUUAUCACUGAUAUUAAUGUCCUAUGGCGGUAUUGUCAGGGAAAUCAUCAGGAUUGGGUCAGUCCAGGCCUGGAACAAAGCCCUGGGGACAUGUGGCUCUCACUUGAUGGUAGUGUCUUUCUUCUAUGGGACCAUCACUGCUGUCUAUAUCCAACCCAACAGCUCUUAUGCCCAUACUAAAGGGAAAUUCAUCUCGCUCUUCUAUACAGUAGUGACUCCUACCCUUAAUCCUGUCAUUUACACGCUAAGAAAUAAAGAUAUGAACGGAGCACUGAGAAGACUACUUCACAGACACUCUUAUAAAAAAAAAAUGAAGUACGGUGAACAGAUUUAUCUGAAAAACUGA